AUCAUAGUGAUUGGUUCAUAUGUGAUAUCCUCGGCGUUUUUUAGCGUGUACAACAUGGCUAUCGAUACUGUCUUCCUGUGUUUCUUGGAGGAUCUUGAACGCAAUGAUGGUUCAGAGCAGAAGCCGUACUACAUGUCAAAAUCGCUAAAGAAGAUUCUUGGAAAGAAAAACAAGAAGGAAUCCGACGACGACUAA